AUGAAUAUUGCUAAUUAUUGGUAUAACAGUUUAGAUUAUGAUGAGAUAUCAUUGCAUAUAGACAAACUAGAUCACUCUUCAAAAUAUAACAACGAACAAUAUGAAGCAUCUCCGAAAUUUCCAUGUAAAAUAUUUAGCGAUAAUGACUCAUUUGAGUCACCAAUAAGCCCAUGUUCUACAAAUUCCAGUAAUGAAAGUGAAACUUUGUUUAAGUCAGAGAAGUAUGAAACACUUGACAUUGAGGAGAUACAAGAAAUAUAUGAUAAAGACAUUGACAAUAAUAAUACUAAUGUUGGUAAGUUUAAUAUGUCUAAAUACAAGGAUAUAUCGCCUAUAGAAAAGCUAGAAUGUAGUGAUAACAAUAUAUUGCUAAAAACUGAACUUUUCGAUUUAUUGAAAAGUGACGAAUUGAAUCUCAAAAUUUUGAGAUUAAAAGCUUUUAAAUACCCAAAUAUAUUGCUCCAGACAUUAUUUUCUCUUCCACAAGAUAGACUAGUCAGAACCUUAUUUAAUAAGAGUAAUAUUGAAGAUCUUGAUACUUGUUUACCUCCAAUAUGUAUAUUUUACUCAAAUAUGUUUACUUUACAAAACUAUGAUACGGACAUGUGUAAAGGUUAUGGUUUGGAUAACUUUUGGUCUUUUUUUAAUGAGUUAUUAAUAUAUAUAAAAAAAUCAUAUGGACUGUCUCACAUAGAGCAAGUUCCACCAAUACCAAUUCGCACCUGGAUAAUAGAUUGUUGGAAUAUUCACAAUUUUCCAAUAAUUUUAGGAUCAAACUCUCAACAUAUUAAAUUGAAACUGAAAAUUAUUAGGAUUUUAUUAUUUUGGUUUCUACAAAAAAAUUUGGGGGAUAAACAGGUCGCACAAAUUGAAGACAUGAUUUUAAGACUUACUUUAUUGUUUGAUACAAAAAAUUAUCUCAAGGGUUCCAUAAUCUUCACUUUUCAUCUUCUUAAUAUAAUUUCAGAAUCUAUAAAUAAUAACAAUUUAUGCCUAUACUUUGAGAGAGGAUUUCAAAUUUUAACUUGUUUGAAGAACUACAGAAUUGAAUUGUUCCGUUAUAUGCUUAAACUCUUAACCAUUAAGAGCUCACUAGGAGAUGGGGCUGAUGAAUCUACAUUAUGUGGUACAUCUCAAUAUGUAAAUAUAGAAAAAAUACUAUUGAAUCUGUUUAUUUUAUUUCAUCUAUUUGGUCCAAUAUUUGAACUUGAAUAUCAAAGGAUACUCGUUGAAUUAGCAACAGUAAUAUCUACUGAAAAUAGACCAAAUAUUACAGGAAAACUAGUUUUAUAUUUGAUAUUUUCUAUACAGGAUAAUUCCUGUUGGAAUCUACCAACUCUUCAGGUACUAUAUUGGAUUUUAAAAGAAUUAAUAUACAAAAUAGAUUUUGAAUAUCUUACUAAAUUAUGUAAAUAUGUUGAAAAGCUUAUAAUUCUCUUCACAAAUGGUAUCAUACCUUAUGAGUCAUCUAAUGAAGCUCCGAAAUGUCUCUCUAUAUUAUAUAUAUUACUUGGAGACUUAACAGCAUACAAGUUUGCUUCUAAAACACAAAUAAGAAAAGAUCCGCACUACUCAACCAUAUAUAAAAGUGAUUAUUUCUCUCAUAAAAGUACUGAUAAAGAAAUAUAUACUAAAUAUAUCGAUUCAAAUUAUUGUAAAUGGCUAUAUUUUUCUAGUGAGAAAGUUGUUGGAAUUGUAAAUAUUGGAAAUACUUGUUAUAUGAACUCUGUACUGCAGUGCUUGAGAUUUAGCUCAUCAUUUUUCUAUUGGCUCUACCAUCAGAAAUCCUACAAUUCUUCUCUCCUCUCAAAAUCUCUUUAUCAGACAAUUUAUAAAAUGGUAAGACCCUUUAAUAAUCAACAACCUGCUAUUUUUCCAGACAGAGAUUUGAUUCGAGAGAUUUCCACUGUAUUUCCUUUAGGGGUUCAACACGAUGCUUCUGAAUUUCUCAGAUUUUUAUUAUCAAACAUUAGUUCAACAUGUCCCAGCUUCAAUAUGACUACAAGGCAUUUUUUACAAUGUUGCUCAUGCAAAAAUACUACUGAACAAGUCCAAAAUUCAUUAUCAAUUCUAGAACUAUCAGUCUCAGGAAAUAAUUACAAAGUCCUGAAUGGACUUCAAUCUAGCCAGAUAUCUCUUUCUUCUAUAUUGGUGGAUUAUUUUUCAUUAGAAGUAUUAGAUGGGCCAAAAUCAUAUCACUGUUCAAAGUGUAACUGUGAAACACAAGCCAGAAAAUGGUCAAGCCUUGAAAAACCUUGUCCAUAUCUUAUACUAAUUUUGAAUAAUUAUACUUGGAAUACAAGUAUUAAGAGGGGAGUUAAGAAUAAAAUUAGAAUUCAGAUUGAAGAAGUAUUUAAUUUUCAAAACUAUUGUUAUUCAAUACAUGGUCUUAUUUUUCAUAAUGGGAACUCUAUAGACUCAGGUCAUUACUACUGUACAGUUCGGAGUAACAAUAUACUCACACUCAAAGAUAUUGAUAAAGAACCAAAUUCAUACAUCAGUAAUAUAUACCAAUUAUAUUCAAAAUGGUACAAAUGUGAUGAUGAGUUUGUCAGCAUUAUAAACUCCGAUGAGUUAUUUCAUAAUACUAGUAAUAAUCCUUAUAUAAUAUUUGCUACUUACAUAGAAUAA